AUGGUAAAUAAAUGCAAACUCUACACUUGCAUUAAGGAGAGUAAAAAUAUCAAAAGAGUAGAAAUGGAGGAGGCUGGUAAGCAGCUUUUGGAUACCUUGAAUUGGUUAAAGCCAUUCAAUAGUGAAAAAUCUCUAGAUCAAUUGGAAAAUGACAUUUGGCAAUAUACAAAGUUUCUGGAAAAAUCAAUUAUUUGGGAAAUCGACAACAAGCCAACUGGCAGUGAAAGUAAUGUCGAUAAAUCACUGUACGGAAAAAUUAUUAGGGCAUUUCUUUCAACAUUUGAUGAAAAUUUUAGCAUUUUAAAGGAGAGACUCAAUACCUCAAUUGAAAACUUAAUGAUUGUCAAAGGUUCGAAUUUUCUUAUGCUCCAUGAACUGUUGGCAUCUAUUACUGAAUACCUUAAAGAAUCGAUGAACGAAGAUGCUGUGGAGUUUAUGAUUUUAAUGCUUGAAAAAAUUUUGAAAAGUGAUGCUUUAGUAUCUUCUAUUGUUUCUGCUUGUAAAAUUAAAAGUGCAAAUGAAUUGAAAAGGGAAGAAUAUGAGAAAGCUCGUAGAGAUUACAUUCAAAUUGUCAUUUCAUUGCCGGUAAAAGUUUCAAAUAAAGUAAAAGGUCGUCAAAUUUGCGAAACUUUUUCCAUCAAUAAUUUCUCAAAAAUCAUUUCAUUUCAAAUAAUUGGCACCAUUACAUUGCUGAAUGAAGAGUUAAAUAGAGAUACUGCUGUUUGUGAUGUAAAAGCACUUUCGUUAUUGAUUAGUAAACUUUUGUCAAAUUUUGAAUCUGAAAAUUUUGUAGAAUUGAUUGAGAUUAUGAUUCACUUGUCUUUGGAAGAUAAAAACUCAUUAAGAAGUUUAGUUCAAGAUAUUUUGAUGAAUAUAUCAAGAGCCAGCAUUGCAUCAAUUGCACUACUAUUUUUGGAAAAUAUUGAGAAUCCUAACGAUGUUGAAAAGAUACUUGGAGUUUUAAUGAAACACGAGAAUUGGAAAUUCAUUCUCAUGAAGAAAUUCUUAUUCUUUUCCUAUUUUAAUAAUGACAAAAUAAUUAUAAAUUUGAUCAAUUGUUUAUUAUGCGAGGAUUCCGAGCAAAAUUUCAUUAAUUUGAUCAUUAAACUUUUGGAUAUUUGGGGUGAUAGGAGUGCAUUAAAUCACACAACUCUGGAACAGCAGGAAUUUAUCACAAAAAUAAUACUGUUAUUGAUGAAAAAAGUAAAUGGAAAAUUGAAACCAAUGGAGAAAGAUUCUAUUCAAGAGUUAUUGUUUUCUGGAACUUCAGCUCAUUUGGAAAGUAUACAAGUGGAAAUCCGAGCGAUUGGUAUGAUAACAGGGGAAUUAAUUGUCAAUUAUUUUAAUGAACCUGAUAGACCAAAAUUAAAAUAUGAUUAUGAUUCAAUGCCAAAAGAGGGUGUGAAUAUUGUAUGCAAAUUGAAAAAAUUUUUUAACGAAAAGUGUGACAACAGCUAUUAUUGUUCGUCGUAUAAAAAUAUCACAUCUGAAGCGUUAAUUAUAAAAUUAGGUGUAAAAUCAAAAAUUUUACUGGCAAAUGACGAGAUAAAUAUCGAUAAUAAGGAAAUGAAUGAUACAACGAAUAGUAAUAAUAAUAAUGAUGAUAAUGAUGAUGAUGUAAAAAAUAAUAGAAGCGAAUUUUGCCCAAGUAAUUAUGCCAAUGAUGAUAGUCUAGAUAGCGAUGACGACUUAAUCCCCUAUGAUAUGUCAAACGAUAGAAAAAGUUGUGAAAAUCAUCGACCGAUGUAUCUCCGAGAGUUGAAAGAAAUUCUUGUAGAUUCAACAGUUAACACUGAUCCUAGGAUUUUUGCAGAGUCUCUUGAAUGCUGUGAAAAACUCCUAAUGUCUCAACUUCCAAACGAUGAUGCAUCAUUGGCCCUCGAAUUGCUAAGCAUUAUUUCCAAAUUAACAGAAAUAACUUAUGUAAAAAAUUUUAAUAUUCUGAAAUUUAAAGCUUGCGUGACAAUAACUAAAAUUUAUCCUAAAAUCUCAGCUGAAUACCUAUGCAGAGAAUUCCAUGCAACAGUAGGAAGUCACUCCGUUAAUGAUAGAUUAUUUUUUUUGAAUGUUUUGGCUGAAGCUGCUCGACAAUUGUCAAAAGUUGAGGUAAACAAUGAGACAAUGAAUGACAAAGAAAUGUAUUUCAAGAAUAUAAAAAGAAAAAGUCAAAUACAAUCGGUCUCUAAGCCAAUCAUCUCUCUAUUUGUAAAUUCGGAUAUUGGAAAAAAAGUUGAAACUUUAUAUGAUGACGAUGACUUUGAAAUAUCAAAACACUUGGAUGCUGAAAAAUGUAUGACGAUAGUAGAAAAUGAGAAAAUCAUUGCUCAAAGAAUUAAAUCAAAGACCAAAGUCUUUGCACAUCCUUCAAAGCGUUCUCUAACAACAAUCAAUCAGUUCAAUGAUGUGGCUUCGUACUUCUUCUAUCCACUCUUUUAUGGAAUACGAACGAGAGAUGAAAAUAAUAUUUUCAAUACUCCAAAGCAUUUUGAGGAUCAUAGCAAUUUACUAUUAAUUAAUUUUAUCAAAACACUAUCUACAAUCAUGGUGGCUGCUGAAAAUUGUAUAGUUGCUCCAAAAAUGGCACGAGAAUUAUUAGAAUUUGCCUGGAACAUGAGAUUCCAUGAACAAGCCAUGGUAAGAUGUUGUGUCAUAGAGAGCAUCGCUGCUGUUAUAGUUGCUGUGUCAAAGUCUAAUUUUACUGGUGUAAUAUUUGAUUUAUUACUGGAGCUUAGAAUAUGGCUGAUGGAUGUGUCCCAUGAGUCAUCCAGAGAAGAACCUUAUGGCCAAUGUAAAGAAAUGGCCAUUAAUGUUAUUAAUUUAAUUGAUUCACUCUUUCCGUCAUUGUAAUUAAUUGAGAGCUCAAUAAAUUAUGUGUUAUAUUU